AUCCUGCAUGUUAGCAAUAUGUUUCUCUGUUGUUAAGAAUCAUGUUGUGAUGAAUGAUAAUGUUUCUGAUAAUAUGGCUGAAAGAUUUGCCUACAAAAUGCACCAUAAUUAUUAUUUCUUUUUGAAAUUUGAUUGUAUCCUUGUUAUAACUAGUGUUCCAAAAUUUAAAAAAAAAAAAAAAAAGUUGCCUCAUUGGCCUCCAUUUGUAGGGUUUGUUGUGAUGGACACCACAUCUCUGGAUGCAAAACGCCGGCCAUUUUCACUCAAAAUGUGGCCUCCAAGCCAAAAUACGAGGAGAGUGCUUGUGGAGCGGAUGACAAACAAUCUCAGCACUAAAUCCAUUUUGACUGAAAAGUAUGGCACUCUGAGUAAGGAGGAGGCUGAGGAAAAUGCAAAACAGAUUGAGGAUGUGGCUUUUGUCGCUGCAGACCAGAAGUAUGAAAAGGAACCAGAUGGCGAUGGAAGUUCUGCAGUGCACUGUUAUGCUCGGGAAUGUAGUAAGAUGCUGUUGGAAGUUCUCAAAAAGGGAUCUAGUAGCAAGGAGAGCAAAGUCGUAUCUGACUCUACACCUAAACAAACUUUGUUUGAUAUAUCUAAAGGCACACGGGCUUUUAUUGAAGCUGAGGAAGCUGAGAAACUCUUAAGCCCUUUGAAGGAACCGGCGAAUGCCUACACUAAAAUAUGCUUCAGCAAUAGAAGCUUUGGUUUAGGAGCAGCCCGUGUCGCUGAGCCCAUUUUGAUUUCCCUCAAGAAUCAGUUGAAAGAAGUUGACUUAUCAGAUUUUAUAGCAGGUAGACCUGAGGCUGAAGCUCUUGAAGUCAUCAAUAUAUUUGCAGCUGCCUUGGAAGGUAGUGAAUUGAGAUUUCUGGAUCUCUCAAACAAUGCCUUGGGCGAGAAAGGUGUUAGGGCGUUUGGAGCACUCCUGAAAUCACAAAGUUGCUUGGAGGAACUCUAUUUGAUGAAUGAUGGCAUUUCAGAAGAAGCUGCUCAAGCAGUUCACAAGUUGAUUCCUUCUACGGAUAAGCUUAAAAUCCUUCAUUUUCAUAAUAACAUGACAGGAAAUGAGGGGGCAUUUGCUAUUUCUAAGAUUGUGAAGCAUUCUUCCCUUCUGGAGGAUUUCCGUUGUUCCUCCACGAGGGUAGGCUCUGAGGGAGGAGUUGCCUUAUGUGAGGCACUGGGGACUUGUACCCACUUAAAGAAGCUGGACUUGCGGGACAACAUGUUUGGCGUAGAAGGUGGAAUUGCAUUGAGUAGAGCUCUUUCCAAGCAUGAACAUUUGAAAGAGAUUUACCUCAGUUACCUGAACCUUGAAGAUGAGGGUGUAGUUGCACUAGCCAAUGUUCUUAAGGAAUCAGCUCCUUCUCUUGAAGUCUUGGACAUAGCUGGCAAUGACAUUACAGCUAAAGCUGCUCCUGCUCUGGCAGCAUGUAUAGGAGCAAAGACACUUCUCACUCAGCUGAAUUUGGGUGAGAAUGAACUCAAGGAUGAAGGUACUAUUCAGAUCAGCCAGGUGUUAGAGGGUCUUUCCCAGUUGAAAGAAGUUGACUUGAACACCAACUCAAUAAGAAGAGCUGGAGCUCGAGUGUUGGCACAGGCUGUGGUUCAGAAACCUGAUUUUAAGUUGUUGAAUAUCAAUGGAAAUUUCAUAUCUGAUGAUGGCAUAGAUGAGGUGAAGGCUUUAUUCAAGAAAUCUCCUCACAUGCUUGGCUCUUUGGAUGAGAAUGACCCUGAAGGAGAGGACGAUGCUGAAGAUGACGAAGAAUCUGGAGAUGAUGAAGGUAAUGAGGACGUGUUAGAAUCAAAGCUGAAGAAUCUUGAAGUUGACCAAGAUGAAUAGGGGUGGUCUAUGUCCUAGGUGUUUUUCUAGUAUUUUCCUUUUUCCAAUUAGGUUCCGGAGCAUUAGUACCCUCAUGAACGUCUAUGACUGGAAGGUAUAGUUGCAGCUUUUAUGAACUAUUCCCUUAAAUCACUCGGCUACUUUGUAGAGCAGUAUGAAUGCAGUCACGUGUUAAGUAGAAGCAGGGUUGUCUGUUUGUUUUGUUUUGUUUGGUUUAGGAGUUAUGUGAACUCAUUUGCUAUUCUUGUAAUAGAUGUACUAGAUGAAAUCUGAAGUUGCUAUUCGAGGUUAUUCUUCAUUUCUGAGUGGUGAGUUUAUGGAUUCAAC